AGAUAAAAUUAAGAUAACAGCUAUUUGCAUCUCGGAUAAUCCCAUCCAUCUUAUAUUAAAAACGAGCGCGAUCAUUGCGAUCAAUUAUCACAUCAAAACGAACGAACAAAAUGCGCGCGGUAGCCGUCUUAUCGCUCCUCUGCCUUGUCGCGGCCUCCUCCUGCCAGAGCCACGACCUUGACAAACUGAUGGUAACCGUACUGGUCCUCGGGCAGACCACGUACGGAGACGUCGUCUUAUACAAGGUCAACGCAUAUAAAUAUGGCUUCCCUUUCUUCGUGAGGACCAGCAUCAUUAAAUACCCGGAGCGUGGGAAGUAUAACUUCGCCUACAUAAGAGCUAUCCACAUUAAAGACAACGAUUAUGAUGGCUCAGGAGGAUACCCGUCGAUUUCCGCUGGAGGCAUUGGACAGCGGUUUGUGAAGGUCAAGUUGAAGUCCCAGCGAGGCGGCGGGUUGAACUUCACGGUGACCAUCUACGGACGAUAUUUAUUUCCUUUUUAAUGAUGUGCGCCUGGUGCAUUU